AUGGAAGCUGCCGUUCUUUCAUUUCUGGAUUCAUUGAUUGGUUCAGAAGGAGUAAAGGGUGCAUUAAUAGCGGAUGAACACGGAUUAUGUUUAGGAGCAAAAGGGAUUGCAAACUCAAAUUCUGCAGGAUUUAUAUCAUCAAUAGCAAUAUAUGCUAAAUCGUUGCAUGAUGACCCAAAUGUUCAAGUUCCCACCAUAAAAAUUGAAACCGAUAAAUCUAAAUUGUCAAAAGAUAUUGGCAAAAUAAUAAACCUUAACGAUGAAUGUAAUGUAACAUUGAAAAUAGGUUUACAACCGAAUCAAAAAGAAUUUAAAGCUCAUUCAUUAAUAUUAAGAGCGAGAUAUAUAUAUAAUGGAACAAUUGAUUUACAUGACCAAGAACCAUCCGAUAUGUUGGAUAUAUUAUGCGCAGCAGAUGAGUUAAUAAUCGAUGAAUUAAUAGAAUAUAUCCAAACGUAUUUAAUACAAAAUAGACAAACAUGGAUAAUUGAAAAUUUAAUUGAAAUCCUUAAUAUGGUUUCAUCAAGACCUACACUUUCCACAUUAACUAAUCUUUGUUUGGAAGAAAUCACAUUAUUAAAUCCUUCAACAUUUUUUGAAUCAGAAUCUUUUUUAAAUAUGAAUGAAGUUGCUUUAGUUGAAUUAUUGAAACGUGAUGAUAUCUGUAUGAAAGAAUCCAAAUUAUGGAAUUGCGUUUUAAAAUGGGGAAUCGCAAAUACUCCUUCCUUAAGCUACGACUUGGAAGAUGAGGUAAUCAGCAACACUUCGAGAGAACAAAGCUGCAAUGAUACAUAUCUCUGUAAAUUGACUUCAGAAGAUUAUCAAGCAUUGGAAAGAACGUUAAAAAAUUGCAUUCCACUAAUUAGAUUUUUAGAUAUUCCAUCGAAUGAAUUUAAUAAGAUGGUAUCAAAAUCAAAAAUAUUACCAAAAAAAUUAUUGGAUGAUAUCAACCAUUAUCAUUUGACGGGAGAAGUUCAUUCAACUCAGAUUUAUAAUAUCACUUCACCAAGAUCAUGUGGUUUACAAAUAGAUUCCAAGAUAAUAAAUCAAAAACAAGCGGCAAUUCUGGUUAACUGGAUAGACGGUCAUGAUAUAUCUUACCCAAUACCCUACACCAUUAAAUUAUUAUUCCGAGCUUCUGAAGGUAAUAAUGACCCCAAGUUAUUUCAUGAAAAAUGCGAUAAUGUCGGACCAACUUUUAUCGUAAUUAAAAUACGUGAUAGUAAUUGUUUGGUCGGCGGUUAUAAUCCUCUUAAUGAUUCAUGGAAAAGAUCUUGGUUUUAUCCUGCUAGAGGUCAAAAAGAAUGUUUUAUUUUCUCUAUAGAUUCUUCUGAUAAAAUUUUAGAUAAAAGUCCCAAAUUAUCUAAUGUUGUUCCAGAACAUAAGAAAGACGCUAUCUUUGAUCAUCCAUGGAAUGGACCUUGUUUUGGUACCGGUCCUGACCUUUGGGUUAAUAUUGAUUUUAAUAAUCCUAUUGGUCAUGCUAUUAGAAAAAGUUAUCAACAUUCUAUCAUGAAAUCGAGGGAUUUUCGUUGGGAGGACUGGGAAGUUUUUUCGGUAAAAAAAAAUAUACCAGGAUAA